UACGAAUUAUGAAUGAUGAGGUUAAAAUUGGAGUAGAAUAUUGUAGAACGUAGAGUCGGACCAUAGCAAAAGACAAAGAACCCAUUCAGUAAGAAGUCAAAAUCCAACCAGAAUGCUGAUUCACGGGUCCUUCCAUCACCACUCGGUCUUAGCUCACCGUCCAACCCACAGACUGCAACAUUGUUUCUGUUCCGACUCACCUCUAACUCCAACUCUCACCGUUUUCGCUUAUAAAUGGACCCUCCAUUCCACUUUCUCUCUCAUCCUGCUCGAUCACACCAGACCCAGAGCUGGAGAGAGAAAGAGAAGUGUCACCCACAUUUGCAAUUGCAGAAGGGUAGAGAGAGAAAGCGAGGUGAUCUCGAUCUCGUCUUCUGUGUCUCCUUCUUUAAUCAAUUAUAAGAAGAAGACGAUGACGAUGGUCGACAGUUACAUUCUGGGUACUUUCUUCGUCUCUCUGUUGGGCUUUGCUCUUCUCCAUAUUUUGCGGGACAGGACAAAGAGAAAUCGCCAACAGGAAGCUACUAGUGCGUUUGAGAUCCGGGACGACAGCUUUUCGAUCUUUGCUAACAGGGAAUUCCGGCCGGACUACGGACCCGAAUCUGACGUCAUCAUUGUCGGUGCUGGGGUCGCCGGUGCCGCCCUUGCUCACACCCUCGGAAAGGACGGACGACGAGUUCAUGUGAUUGAGAGAGAUUUGACGGAGCCUGACAGAAUUGUUGGUGAACUGCUGCAACCAGGUGGAUACUUGAGGCUGAUUGAAUUGGGCCUUGAAGAUUGUGUGGAGGAAAUUGAUGCCCAGCGAGUAUUUGGAUAUGCUCUUUUCAAAGAUGGGAGAAAUACUAAACUGUCAUAUCCCCUGGAGAAAUUUCAUUCAGAUGUGGCUGGGAGAAGCUUCCACAAUGGGCGGUUCAUACAGAGGAUGAGGGAAAAAGCUGCUACACUUCCCAAUGUACGGCUUGAGCAAGGAACAGUGACAUCUCUGGUUGAAGAAAAUGGAGCUAUUAGGGGAGUACUGUACAAAACUAAAACUGGUCAGGAGCUUAGAGCAUAUGCUCCUCUUACGAUCGUUUGUGAUGGCUGCUUUUCAAAUUUGCGCCGCUCUCUUUGCAAUCCUAAGGUGGAGGUGCCAUCCUGCUUUGUUGGUUUGGUCUUGGAGAACUGUCAACUUCCAUUUCCAAAUCAUGGUCAUGUUAUUUUAGCAGAUCCAUCACCCAUCUUAUUUUAUCAAAUCAGUAGUACUGAGGUUCGCUGUUUGGUUGAUGUGCCUGGUCAGAAGCUACCUUCUAUUGCUAAUGGUGAAAUGGCCUCCUAUUUGAAAACCACUGUGGCUCCCCAGAUACCACCUGAGCUGCAUGAUGCAUUUAUAGCUGCAAUUGGUAAAGGAAAUAUAAGAACAAUGCCGAAUAGAAGUAUGCCGGCUGCUCCCCAUCCUACUCCUGGAGCCCUUUUAAUGGGUGAUGCUUUCAACAUGCGUCAUCCUUUGACCGGUGGAGGAAUGACUGUGGCACUUUCUGAUAUUGUUGUACUGCGGAAUCUUCUUAAGCCGCUGCAUGACCUGAAUGAUGCAGAUUCACUGUGCAGAUAUCUUGAAUCUUUUUACACCUUGCGCAAGCCAGUGGCAUCCACAAUAAAUACUCUGGCAGGAGCCCUAUACAAAGUGUUCUGUGCAUCUUCUGAUCAAGCAAGCAUGGAAAUGCGUCAAGCAUGUUUUGACUAUCUGAGCCUUGGAGGUGUUUGUUCGACAGGACCUGUGGCUCUACUCUCUGGUCUAAAUCCUCGCCCACUAAGCUUAGUUCUCCAUUUCUUUGCUGUGGCUAUAUAUGGUGUUGGUCGUCUGUUGCUACCUUUUCCUUCACCUAAACGCCUGUAUGUUGGAGCAAGAUUGAUUUUGGGUGCAUCAGGUAUCAUUUUUCCCAUCAUAGAGGCUGAAGGAGUUACGCAAGUGUUCUUCCCUACAACCAUUCCAGCAUAUCAUAGAGCUCCUCCGGGUAAAUGAAAUAUCAAUCAAAUUCAGCCUAACAAAUACGGAGUAUCAAGUCGGCUUAUACUUGUAGCCUUUGUCACCACUAGAAACUGUAAAUCAAAUGUAUCAAUUACUACUCUUAGAAUUAGAAAUGUAAAAAAUAUUUGUUUGAAAAUCGACAUACUUUAAAUGGAAGUUCUUGUCCAUACCAAUGCCUGAAUGAAAAUUGUUUAUAUUAUCACGGUCU